CUCCGAUGGAUCGUCAGCGCAAUGGAUCUCCACAAUUUUGACACAAAAUUGUCCAAUCGAAUUCGAUGCAUAUUUAGAACUAUCCAAUCCAGUUUCCUCUUUUUACGCAUGCGCAGCGAUAUGACAAUACGACGACGUUGCUUAAGAUUUUCAGCACUGCCAGUGCAUUUCGGUGCAUUUUGGAACACCGUCAUAGAUACAAAAGUACAAAGUAAGCGCAACUGUAAGCGCAAAGUUUCGAAUAGAAGAUCACGUAGGUUAGAGUGAUUGAAAUAAACAGAUAAAAACUGAGCAAUGUUGACCACUAAACCGAGACUACGGAUAUUAGCACUUCAUGGAUAUAGGCAAUCAGAUGUGAUUUUUAGUGCCAAAUUAGGAUCACUGAGGAAAGGAUUUAAGAAGGAAAUAGAUUUUACAUUUUUAAGAGCACCACAUAAAAUUCCAUCAAGGAAUGAAGUUUCUGAAGAUGUGGAUGAAAAUGGAUAUGGAUGGUGGUUCAACACAGAGGACCGUGUGUUUAAAGCUACAGAACCCAGUGAGUUAUGUGUAGGAUUUGAUGACAGUGUAACUUUAAUUGAAAAGACAUUUUCAGAACAAGGCCCUUUUGAUGGCAUAUUAGGCUUCUCACAAGGGGCUGCUUUUGUCAACAUAUUAUGUGCUAUGAAGAAAAAGAAAAAACUACAGAUCGAGUUUAACUUUGCUAUUGCAAUAUCUGGAUUCAAAUCACUGUGUGCGCCUCAUGCAAUAUAUUAUGACGAAGAAAUUGAUAUACCUUCCUUGCACAUUUAUGGCGAGAAUGAUCAAAUUAUCCCAACAGUAAUGGCAGAGCAAGUCAGUGGUCUCUUUACAAACAAAAAAGAAAUAAGGCAUGAAGGUGGCCACUAUAUACCAAGCAAAAAAGACAUUUAUAAGAGUUUUAUAAUGGAAAUGUUAGCAAAUAAGAAUCUCAGUGAUUAACAACAAGUUUUCUCACUUUAUUAUUAAAUCUUGUUAAAUCAAGCUGUUAAAUUAAUAUGCAAUUUUGAAUCAAAUUUUGUAUUAUAGACAAAUGAACCAAGUGCAGGAUUUCUUUUCAGUAUUAAAGAUGAGUGAAUCAUAUACAA